GAAUUGAUGAUCGGACGUUUUGAUUUCAUUGUCUGGCGGAGGGAGUCGGAAGAAAUCAGCUGAAUUCGAGCGUUCGUUUGAAUUGUCAGCUAAAAAAAGAACUUUCCUGACCUCCCUUCCUGCCCCCCCCCCCCCCCCAAAGCCAGCGAACAAACAAGAACAGCUGCGGGCUGGGGGAUGCCACGCGGCCCGGGCGCCGGUGCUUCGAGGUGCGAUGAUGGAAUCGGCAGCCCUCGCACCAGAUGAAGAGUUAGGCAAAAUGGACACCACAAAACUGGAGCCCCUCCCGGGACAGUCUCGCCCUGGGGGGCUCGCCCCACACAGCCUGACCUUUCGUGAAGAGGGGAGUCACCUAAUGCACUCCUACAUGACCCCGGGGAGUAAGGAGUCUUGGCAGGAGAAGAGGCUUGUCCAAACUAUGAACCUGCGCUCUGUCUUUACGGCCGAGCAGCAGCGAAUCCUGGAGCGCUACUAUGAGAACGGGAUGACCAAUCAGAGCAAGAGCUGCUUCCAGCUCAUUCUGCAGUGUGCCCAGGAAACCAAGCUGGACUUCAGCGUGGUCAGGACGUGGGUUGGGAACAAAAGGCGGAAGCUGGCGUCCAAGGUGGACCAGAAUGGGGGUGUCGCCAGCCAUGGGACGGUGGGGAGCUGCGGCGGUGCGGUGCCAGCGGCGUCCGGGGCCCAGCUGACGCCGGAGAUGGGGGGUCCUCACGCCGCCCAGCGAGGGACGCAUCUCCUGAUGACACCGGCGGCGUCUCCGGCAACCACGUCGUCUUCCUCACCCUCCUCUUGCUCUUCACAUGGCAGCGGCAUGGGAAACGGCAACGGCAGCAACAGCGAUGUGAUCGUGACGGGGAUCUACUCGCUGGCCCGCCCCCUUGGCUCAAGCCGCACAGAACCCUCGCCCCAGGCCAAGGUGGAUCCCCCCACGCCGGCUCACCCCCGCCCUCCCCAGCAGAUUGACGGCGUGGCGCUCAACGUGAGGCCGUCGGCUCUCCCUCGCAGGGUGCCCCAGCCCAGCGGCGCCUGCGGCCCAUCGAUCCAGGUCCGGAAGCCGUUCCCUGCAGGCGAUGCUGUGGCCGUGCAUCGUACCUGGGCCAGGCAGUACAACCCACCCCAACCCUGGCCCUUCCUCUCGCACCCUCAGCCUGCCGGCUCGUCGUCGAACGCGUCACCGCACACCCAGCCCUGCACACCGGAGUCAGGUGUCAGGGUCCAGCAGGUCUUCUCCCUGGCCACACUGAGCGAAGGACACCACAGGGGGGCGCCAGAGAGUGGGCCGCCCAAGGGGCCGUCGAAGACGCGCCCUCCUGACGGCUCGGGCUGCUUUUCCAUUGCCAUGGAAACGGCGGAUGCUGAUGACGAGUACGCCCGUGAGGAGGAGCUGGCCAGCAUGGGGGCACAGCUGCAGACAUGUUCGGCAGUGGGAGGCAGCGGCAGCACUGUGAACUAUGGGGCCACAGCAUAUCCGCGAAUGGACAGUCCCGGGACGCCACCUACUGGGAGGAAUCCAGCCGCUGUCAAGAUGCUUGGUUCUGACCCUUUCGGCGCGAAAGGUUAUCAGAGCCAGCCUAUGUCGUCUCACUGUCCUCCAAGAUUGAGCUUCUUCCUUAGCAACACAGGUGCUAGAGGCAGCUACCCUGUCGGGAUUCACCAGCAGGGGUCGCCAAAGCGCGUGUCCAACCUCCAGGUGUCGGGUAACUUGUCUGCUCCCUGGAUUACCAGCAACUCUCGCAAACGGACACUGCAGGACAGGACGCAGUUCAGUGACAGGGAUGUGCACACUCUGAAGAGGUACUGGGACAAUGGCAUGACCAGCCUGGGCUCCGUGUGUCGCGAGAAGAUCUCCGCAGCGGCCACGGAACUCAGCGUCGACAGUGAGAUCAUCAAGACAUGGAUUGGAAAUCGACGUAGGAAGUAUCGCCUGAUGGGUAUUGAGAUCCCGACCCCCACGAGCGGCCCCGCCGUUUUCACGAAGCAGUCGAGCAUGGAGUCACCCCGCUCCAUGACCCCCGAGGAUGACGAUGUCAGCGUCCCUGAGCCGGGGGAGGACGGCGAAAGCAACGAUGUGGUCUCCAUCUGUCUGUCUGAGGGGGGUGCGGCAACACCCCGACGCAGGACACUUUGGGGCGGCCAUCUUUCCAGCUUUCAUGACGGCCAGCUCGUUAUUCCCACAUUCCAAAUUCCUUUCCGACUUCCUGCUUUUCUCCAGGAGCUGUUGGCCAGUCUACCUCAAGAAGUGGAAGAAGACUGGGAGCUGGGCUCAGAGCCGUGUGCCGAUUCUGUCGCCGCCUCCGUUUCCAACAGCAACUCCUCUGUAUCAGAGGCAGUACCGCUGCUAGCCGAAGUGGCCCCCUAGGCGAGCGUCACUGCCAGCGCCCCGCGUCUGCGGCACAGUGAAAUCGGCUGGCAUAUCGGCACCCCCUCAAGUGGGCGCCCUCGGCAGCCAGCCGCCUAUGCCGACUGUAGGAUUAACCGGCCCUGAUGACAGGAGACAAGUGGUGCCUAAAUCCCCGUGAGGCCAGGACGCCUCCAGAAAGGUCUGGCCUGUUACGGCACUGAAGGCCUUUUUCUACUGCCUGUCUGUCCGCCUUGUUUGAGGGAUCGGUCUGAGAAUAAUAAACGCCACUGACUUGAAGGAC